UAAAAGUUUUCUAUCCGGUCGUCACUGGUCGGAAACCAGUUGUGCUACCAACUGUGAGGCGGUACACCUUGGGGUCAGUAUAGUGGGUUGUAUGAUCGAUGUAUUCCUUAGCUAUGGCCCAUGAUGUAGGGUGAUCUAUGUGCUUGUAGUACUGGAUGCCUCAGGCAUGUCUCAUACCGUCCGUCACUCCCUAUUUCUUCAUUCCUCCUCUCUUGACUCGGUGUAUUGGGACGAAGUCACGAUGGUGUUACGGUGUGGUUGCCCGCCUACAGAUAGGUACCUACCUAGCAUCACAUAGGUAGGUAGUAGUUCAGCAACAGUCAGUCUCCUUGUCCACAACAUUAUUAUUGCUUUAUGUUAGGCGAGCGCUACAGAAGCUUUCACUACCUAAUUAUACCGCCAAUUGCCGCUGACCUGCUUGCCAGGUCAAUCUCGCCCCAAAUGUCAAGUGUACAUUGUCUCUGCUUUUCCCUCCUAAGAUGAAAUGUGGAUAUCAUCUUGGCAUGUCUCAUGGUGGAGACGGCUCGUGGGCAGCCGCCACAAAAGUACAUUUACAUUGCGGCGGUCAGGGUCGUCAUCAGGGAUGGCCUUCCAUAGGUAUUGCUCCCUGUGGCAUGCCAGCUCACAAUCAGGAUGCAUCAUGGGUCCACAGAGACAAACCCAAUGCGACGGAGGGGGAUGGAGGGAAGGAGGCGAAUCAGAUGAAAACCCAGCACGAACGAAACCAGGCGGUAAACGGCAGGACAGGCAUCGCGGGAGUUCCGGCCUUUCAGUCCCCAUCAACGUACCCAGUAUUGUCAGGCACCCGGGUGACAAAGUGGAUGGCCGGUUGCCAUGUGGUAAUGUCUGAGGGAAGGAAAUAUCGGGUCUGCCCCCAAGUCGCCAGGUUGACAAGCCCCAUCAGAUCUGGCGUGGCGUGUGGCGACCUUGUUACCUACCUAGGUGCCUAGUUAAAGGUAGGUAGGUAGUAGUCAGCAAACCACAGAGUACCUUGCACACCUGCUCGCACGGACAAAGCAUAGCGGCAAUAAGAGGAG